UAUUCCAUCUACCUACCUACCUAUCCAUCAACCACAAUCAAUACAAACAAUAUCCUCCAUCCAUUCUAUCCACCAAACCACCCUAACCUCGACCAACAAAAUGCCCUCCGAAAUCCCCCUCCCACCCCCCUUCUCCACCAUCCCCCGCCACCCACUCACCCUCUCGCCCUCCCCCAUCCACCCCCUCCCCCGAAUCUCCACCGACCUCUCCCCCACCAAGAACGUGACAAUCUACGCCAAGCGCGAAGACCUCACCUCCGCGCUCGCCUUCGGGGGCAACAAGACGCGCAAACUCGAAUACCUCGCCGCCGACGCCCUCGCCCAGUCCGCCACGACGCUGAUCUCCAUCGGCGGGGUGCAAAGCAACCACACGCGACAGGUAGCAGCCGUCGCGGCGCACCUGGGUCUCAAGGCACGGCUGGUUCAGGAACACUGGGUGGACUGGGAAGAUGGGGGGUAUGAGACGGUGGGAAAUAUCCAGCUGUCGAGGGUGAUGGGGGCGGAGGUGAAUCUGGGAAAGGAGGGGUUUGGGAUCGGGCAUAAAGAGUCGCUUGCGAGGGUGAAGGCGGAGUGUGAGGCGCGGGGGGAGAAGAGCUACUACAUCCCUGCGGGGGCGUCGGAUCAUGCGCUGGGAGGGAUGGGGUUUGCGCGGUGGGCGUUUGAGGUGCGGGAGCAGGAGCGCGAGAUGGGGGUUAGUUUUGGGACGGUGGUGGUGUGUGCGGUGACGGGGUCGACGAUGGCGGGGAUGGUGGCGGGGUUUAAGUUGAUUGAGAAGCUUUAUCCGGGGGAGCCGAAGAAGAAAGUCAUUGGGAUUGAUGCGUCUGCGAAGCCGGCGGAGACGAAGGCGCAGGUGCUGCGCAUUGCGAGGAACACGGCGAGGCAGAUUGGGUUGACGGAGGCAGAUAUUGCGGACGAGGAUGUGGUGUUGAAUGAGGAUUAUCAUGCGGGCACGUAUGGGAUUCCUGAUGAGAAGACGUGGGAGGCGAUCGAGUAUGCGGCGCGCAUGGAGGCGUUUAUUACGGAUCCGGUGUACGAGGGGAAGAGCUUUGCGGGGAUGGUGGAUUUGAUCAAGAAGGGGGAGAUUCAGGGGAAUGUGCUGUAUGCGCAUCUUGGGGGACAGUUGGCGCUGAACGCCUACUCGGAGUUGGGCCGGACUAAGUAGGGUUGUAUAUACAUUCUACAGUGUAUAGAGGACGAAUGAUCGUUGAAUACCACGUGGGUAAAGAUAGAUUAAAGAGUGGCUAUAGUUGGCUGAAUCUGACUGGUACUAGGUGAGCGCAGAGUGACUAGAACAGCUUGUGCUCCAGGGUCAUCUCCGACUCGGGCUGCAGACCAACGCAGGCACGCAGGAUGUUGGUCAAGGCGUUGCGCUGCUUGUUCAGGGAGUUGACCACCGGAGUGCCCGGAGGAG